UAAUAUUUUACAGCAUGUCUAUGGGAAAACGAACAGACGAAAUUAGGUUAUCUAUUUAAUGUACAAAUCCUAUUUAGAAUCCCUUAGAUAGCAUGUAAGCAUCAGACUGUCAGUGUACAAGUUGGAGACAGUUGGACACCAUGCCUGUACGACUUUGGAGAGCAUACCAGAGAGCACUGCAUGCAUACCCAGUGAUGACGGCGUCCAUCAGCGCUGGCUGUCUGAUGUCUACAGGAGACAUUUUGUCACAGUUUCUGGUUCAAAAGCGAAGUUUAGCAGAAUAUGAUGGGAAACGAACCCUCCGGUUUGCCUUUUUUGGCACCUUUUUAGGAGGACCAGUUAUAACUGUCUGGUAUUCCACAUUAGCUCGAGUUUUUGGUAACACAAAGUUUGGACCUCUUAAAAUGGUGCUUUGUGACCAGUUGCUGUUUGCCCCGAUUUUUUUACCUUACUUCCUGUCAGGCAUGGAAAUACUGAAAGGAGAAGGCUUGGAAGCUAUCAAAUCUAAGUUGAAACAUGUUUACCUGGAUGUUUUAAAGACAAACUAUAAGGUGUGGCCAUUUGUCCAGACUGUCAACUUCACAUUUGUUCCUGCAGCUUAUAGAGUAGUGGUGGUUAACCUAGUGGCGGUGGGUUGGAACACGUACCUGGCCUGGAUGUCAGAGAAGACCCACCAUCACACAGAGCCAGCUGACCAGGGUGACCUCGACCUUGCACAUGAUCAGCAUGAGAAAUCCACUUGAUGUGGUGUGGUCAUUAGCAGCUAACACUUGGCAUUUACAGAGAUUAUUUUUAAAGGACCUCAAGAAUUUGUAGAAUUUCAGGUAUUUCUCUACAGUGUGCAGUCAGUGUUGAACAUUUGGAAGCAUUUUGAAGCAUUGUGUUUGAAUUUGCUAUUAUACAUUAAAACUUUGAUGACAAA